CGGGAAAUGGUCUUCCUCUUAAAUUAUUAUAAUACGUAUAUGAAAACUCAAAAUUUCAUGUUAUUACUGCAUAAAUGACAGAAUGGGAAUUUACUAUCUCAUAUGCACACUUUUUUGGUUUCACGGAGGCAUUUACUGUCGGUCAUUUUGUGGAAACAGACGUCAACCCAGUAUGUAUAUUGUAAAUAUUUGCACAGAUCAUAAAGUUGGACCGUCAAAUUACAUUCUUAUUGAUACAGCACGUGUUCCAGAUUUCCAACAAACAUCAUGUGAAUGUGAUAUUUCAACCGGCAGACAUGACCCUUUUAAAUUACUUCUUUACUUAGUAAAUUACACUCAACGAUUUAGCAUGAAAUUUGAAUUAAACGAAAUUGUCAUUGACAAAAAGACAAUCGCUACUUUACCAACAACACUUACAAGGAAUAAUAAAAAGCUUUCAUUUUCUACUCGUGCAAAUCAUCAAAGAGAUGGGGCUUGUCUCUGUGUGUAUUCAACAAACAACAGUAUCAAGUUCAACAUAGCUUGUAAGAGGUCAACAAUACAUCCACCAAAUCCAGACAUUUCAAUUCCUGCACUAUUAGCAACAUUGGCAUUCGUAUGUUGUUCAGCAUUUGCUGUCAUCAGUGUUGUUUGCUACAAAAGAAGAAAAUCAGCAAUGGUUACAAAAGAUAAGACAAGACAUUAUGUAAACACAGAAACAGAAGGUGACAAUUACAUGACGGAGAAUCCAACGUAUAAUAAUGGUCAAAGUUCCAUUGCUGGUUCAGUCAUACAUAGCGAUGCCGGAAUAAUUUCAGGCCAAUAUGAAAGUAUUGGAAGUAUUCAAGAAAUCGCUGACGGUAAACACUGCUCAGAACACCUACCUAAUCAUCCUGUAUCCUAUGACUAUGUAGAGCUGUCUUUGACUGGCGUAAACACGAGUGCUGCAAACAAUAAAGCAAUACAUGGCACUAUUGACAGUGAGCGUAACUUUUCAAAUUUGAAAGAGGAAGACAAGACGGUGUAUGACUGUACAAACGCAACACCGCCUCAACAGGCAAUCGGGCAAAAUGAUUAUAAUCAUUUAAGUACUAUUUCUCCUACAGAGCAGUGUGUUUUCGGCCUUUAUGAUAAGGUUGAACAAGUUGCUUUAACAAACAAUGAAAAAUACUAAAAUUAGAAGUUAGUUAUGGCCUACAAAUGUUUCAAUUUUCUGAAUACGACUAUAUUGAACAAAUGCAUAUCUAUGUAAAUAUUCAAACAUAUCGUAUUGUGGAUAUGUUUUUGAAAAAGUGCAAACCUACUUAAAGAUGUAAAAAGCUCUUAUAAUGGUUUUUAAUAAAAGAAAUCAUUCAUGUCAAUCAUUUAUUUCAGCUAUAUUACGACUACUACAUGUAAAAAAGACAAAAAGACAACAACACACACACGCGCGCACCAACACACACGCACGCACGCACACACGCACCAACACACACACAUACACACAACAAAUGGAAAUUGAAUGGCAUAGUAACGAUGAAGGCCAACACGUAAAGAUAAAACCACUUAUAAUUAUGUAAACAAAUUAAAAAACUUUAUAUAUGUUCAUUAUACAAUGUACGUUUAGUUUUAUAAAAAGUUUUUACAUGGAGUAUAUAAAAUUUGACUUAAUUUACUUUUAACGAUCAUAUUCCGACAAUGUUACAAAUUGGGAAUUUGUUUGGCAUUAAUAUGACAUAUAAACUAAUAAAUGCUGCUUGUUAGUUCCAUUUACAUAAUCAUUUUAUUUUCAUUAAUAACAAUGUCAAUGUUUAGUUUCUGAAAAAGGAAGUAUAAAAAUUAUACAUGUAUACUAAUAUUUAAAGCAUGGGAUCCUAACAAAUUUGUGUGUUAAAUAUACCUUACGAUAACCUAAGCAGGGUGGCUGAAUUGUCUGCCAGUUGAUUGCAAUACGUAUCUAUUUACCAGAGUCAAUCUAUUUUCAUAAAUUGACUUGAAUUGAUAAUGUAUUCGAAAAUGGAAAGGAAUGAUAACUCAUAUUUCAGAAUUACGUUAAUUAGGAGAAUAUAUCAUCAUGCCCUUACCUGAUACAAAAAGGAUAAUAACAGAGCUUUGAUAGGACCAAUCACAAAUCAAAUCUUGCAUUCUCGCCUCCCAAUUAACGAUAAGGUAAACAUACGUUACAGUGUCCGUAAAAGACCCGAAUAUACAACAACUAGAAAUUGCAAGUGACACGAUAUUUCUGUAUAUAUUUUGUAUGUUUUGACUUUGAUUUCCUUUGAACCAACAUCUCAUCGCCAGUAAUAAUAUUAAAGAAAGAUCGAUUGAUUUAUUAAGGAAUGUUUGGGAAUUCCUUGCUUGAAGUUUUGCUCUUAAGUACGGAUAUUGGGUAACCAACUAGCACUUAUCCUUCUCAUUUUUAAAACACGUCUGAGAAUUGUAUAAGCGGCUCAUACAGAGAUACAAACGCAUUUAGCUGAUACCUACUAGCUAUCAAAUCCAUUACUUUUUCUACCGUUUUUUGGCGAAGUUGCAGUUUUCGGACGACUUGAACUGAAUCAACUCCUUACGUAUACACCUCCGUGUGG